AUGGAGAAUAAUACAGAGGUAAGUGAAUUCAUCCUGCUAGGACUAACCAGUGCUCCCGAACUGCAGGUCCCACUCUUCAUAAUGUUCACUGCUGUCUACCUCUUUACUCUGAUUGGGAACCUGGGAAUGAUCGUGUUGAUCCUGCUGGACUCUCGUCUCCACACACCAAUGUAUUUUUUCCUCAGUAACCUAUCUCUGGUGGACUUUUGCUACUCCUCCACAGUCACUCCAAAAGUGUUGGUUGGGCUGCUUGUAGAAGACAACGUCAUCUCCUACAGGGCCUGUGCUGCCCAGAUGUUCUUUUUUGCAGUCUUUGCCACUGUGGAAAGUUACCUCUUGGCCUCAAUGGCUUAUGAUCGGUAUGUGGCCGUGUGCAGGCCCCUACAUUAUGCCACCAUCAUGACGAAAAACAUGUAUACUUUUCUGACCAUAGGCUGCUAUAUUGUUGGUUUUCUAAUUGCUUCUAUCCAAACUGGAGACACAUUCCGACUCCCUUUCUGUAUGUCCAAUAUGAUCCAUCACUUUUUCUGUGAUAUUCCAGCAGUCAUGACUCUGACUUGCUCUGAUAGGCACAUUAGUGAGUUGAUUCUUAUUAUUUUGUCAAGCUUUAAUAUCUUUUUUGCACUUCUUGUUAUUUUUAUUUCCUACCUGUUGAUAUUUAUCACCAUUUUGAAGAUGCACUCAGGUGAGGGAUACCAGAAGGCUUUAUCAACCUGUGGUUCUCACCUCAUUGCUGUUUCCUUAUUUUAUGGGGCUGUAAUGAUCAUGUACUUACAGCCCAGUUCCAGUCAUUCCAUGGACACAGACAAAAUUGCAUCUGUAUUUUACACUAUGAUCAUUCCUAUGAUGAAUCCUGUCAUCUAUAGCCUCAGGAACAAUGAAGUAAAGAGUGCAUUUAAGAAAGUGGUACAGAAGACAAAAUGCUUUCUAGGGUUAGUUUUCCAAUGA